UAAAAUGGCGGCGUUGAGCAGCGCCGAAUCUCCACCGCCCGUCUUUAACGGAGACACCGCGGAACGGGAGCCGGGCACGGAGCGGGGCCUGGAGGAGCUGGGCGCCGGGCUGGACUCGUCGUGCACGGCGGGGAUCCCCGGAGGUCCGCAGGAUGAGGAGAUUUGGAAUAUCAAACAGAUGAUAAAGCUGACGCAAGAACACUUAGAGGCUCUUUUGGACAAGUUUGGAGGAGAACACAAUCCUCCUUCCAUAUAUCUAGAGGCCUAUGAGGAGUACACCAGUAAACUGGACGCCCUGCAGCAGAGGGAGCAGCAGCUCCUGGAGGCCAUGGGCAACGGGACAGACUUCUCCUGCUCUCCUUCGCCCAUGCCAGCGCUGCUUGACGUCAAGAUGGGAGGUUGUGGGGUCGGAGGUGGGGCUCAAGCCUUCCCCUCAGCCCCAAACACCUUGGCUGUCCUGCAGACCCCCAUCGACGCCAGCCGAGUCAACCCUCGGUCCCCUCAGAAGCCCAUCGUCAGGGUCUUCCUGCCCAACAAACAGAGGACAGUGGUCCCGGCCCGCUGUGGGAUGACUGUGAGAGACUCGCUGAAGAAGGCUCUGAUGAUGCGAGGCCUCAUUCCAGAGUGCUGUGCAGUCUACAGGAUACAGGACGGAGAGAAGAAGCCCAUUGGCUGGGACACAGACAUCUCGUGGCUAACAGGAGAGGAGUUACAUGUUGAAGUGUUGGAGAAUGUGCCCCUGACCACACACAACUUUGUGAGGAAGACCUUCUUCACUCUGGCCUUCUGUGACUUCUGCAGAAAGCUGCUGUUCCAGGGUUUUCGCUGUCAGACAUGUGGGUAUAAGUUCCACCAGCGCUGCAGCACCGAGGUUCCACUCAUGUGUGUCAACUAUGACCAACUAGACUUAUUGCUAGUGUCGAAGUUCUUCGAGCAUCAUCCGUUCACUCAGGAUGAAGUGUCCUCAGAAGGAACCACCCCUGUGUCUGAGGCCUGUCCGUCACUCCCCCCAUCUGACUCCACCGGGUCUCUUUGCCACACCACUGUGUCCCCGUCCAAGUCCAUACCCAUCCCACCCAGUUUCCGGCCCAGUGAGGAGGACCACCGCAACCAGUUUGGCCAGCGGGAUCGCUCAUCCUCCGCGCCCAAUGUCCAUAUCAACACCAUUGAGCCUGUCAAUAUCGAUGACCUGAUCCGAGAUCAGGGUUUACAGAGGUCAGAUGGAGGGUCCACUACAGGGCUGUCGGCCACGCCUCCUGCGUCUUUACCAGGGUCUCUGACCAACGUCAAGGUUCCACAGAAGUCACCAUGCCAACAGAGAGAGCGCAAGUCGUCGUCUUCAUCCGAGGACCGCAAUAAGAUGAAAACUGGGAGAAGGGACUCCAGCGACGACUGGGAAAUCCCUGAGGGUCAGAUCACUCUGGGUCAGAGGAUAGGCUCUGGAUCAUUUGGAACGGUCUUCAAAGGGAAAUGGCAUGGUGACGUGGCAGUGAAGAUGUUGAACGUCACUGCUCCCACACCACAACAGCUUCAGGCCUUCAAGAAUGAAGUGGGAGUUCUCAGGAAAACCCGUCAUGUAAACAUUCUGCUGUUCAUGGGUUACACCACCAAGCCUCAGCUGGCCAUUGUCACCCAGUGGUGUGAAGGCUCCAGUCUUUACCACCACCUGCACAUCAUCGAGACCAAGUUUGAGAUGAUCAAGCUCAUCGACAUCGCCCGGCAGACGGCUCAGGGCAUGGAUUACCUGCAUGCCAAAUCUAUCAUCCACAGAGAUCUAAAGAGCAACAAUAUUUUCCUCCACGAGGAUCUGACGGUGAAGAUCGGUGACUUUGGCCUGGCCACGGUCAAGUCCCGCUGGAGUGGCUCCCACCAGUUUGAACAGCUGUCUGGCUCUAUACUGUGGAUGGCUCCUGAGGUGAUCCGGCUGCAGGACAAGAAUCCUUACAGCUUCCAGUCAGACGUCUAUGCCUUUGGCAUUGUGCUGUAUGAGCUCAUGUCAGGAGCACUGCCCUACUCCAACAUCAACAACAGAGACCAGAUUAUAUUCAUGGUGGGUCGAGGUUACUUAUCUCCUGAUCUCAGUAAGGUUCGCAGCAACUGUCCAAAGGCCAUGAAGAGACUGAUGGCUGACUGUCUGAAAAAGAAGAGAGAGGAGAGACCCCUGUUUCCCCAGAUCUUGGCAUCCAUCGAGUUGCUGGCUCGUUCGUUACCCAAAAUCCACCGCAGCGCCUCGGAGCCAUCGUUAAACCGAGCCGGUUUUCAGACAGAGGACUUCAGCUUGUAUGCCUGCGCCUCACCCAAAACUCCCAUACAGGCCGGAGGCUACGGGGAGUUUUCAGCGUUUAAGUAAGUGCUGCAGAUCCCACCAGUCCAUCCCUCGUCACUUCUUCAAAAGUCUCGUGUCCCUGCGGCAGAUUCAUUCAUUACUGAAAAAAACUGAAAAAAUAGUCUCAAAGAAUGUGCUGUUUUCUUCCUCUGUUCACCUGAAGAAGGCGGCCUCACUGGAGUCCUUCCAACAAAAGCUGUCCAGCAGGCAAAACGGCCGCAGUGACAGACAAUUAGGGAAAAAAACAAAACAGAAGACUUGAAUAACACAAAAAAAGACACAAAAAGAUCCAUACCAAAACGGUUUCGAAGAGGAUCAAGCUGCCUGCUGGAGGAGGUGGAUCAAGGCGAAAAAAGGUGGCGAUCAUUUCCUGCAGGGUGAGGAGGCGUGGCUGCUGAACUGCACUGUGAGCGACGAGACGCUGCCUCCAGUCCAUCGGCUGAGACGAGAGACCAGGCGUCGUCCCGGUCCGGAGAUGAACCGGAGGAGGUCACUCAGCUGAGGUUAUCCCCGAAGGAAGAACACUUGAAAGCUAAAUCUAUUGUGAUAUUUUUUCCAUUUCUUUCUCCUGUUACCAAGCUGGGAAUGCUGAGCUUUUGUGUCCAAUGUUACUUUUUGAAGAGAUGGUAGCUAUUUUAGAUGAAAGCUUUCUUCCCGGUCACACAGCACAGGCCUUUGCUUUUUCUCUUUUUGGGGUAGUGCUGACCAAAUGGUUUUUGCCUUCUUGUUUGCCUUGCCCAAACCACCUGCGACAAAACUAGUGUUGUAGUAUUUGAGAUUAGACCGUUCUCAAGACCACUGCAUCUCAGAAAUUAUGCUGUUUAUGCUCUGUAUUGGCAAAGAAGACUGGAUUUUGUUUCUUGACCAGUCGGGACCACAACUGUGGGGAUUUCACUAAACUGCCUGUGCACUGUCUGAUUUAUUUGUUAAUAUGAUUACUGUGAUUUGGUGUAAAAAUUCUGCUUCAAAUGCAACCAAUAACUUGACUUAUUUCUAAUAGGAUCUGUGUGGUUUGGGGGGCAGUAUGUGAAUUCUGCAGUGCAAUGCUGGCUGAGACGGUUGGGACCAUGUCAAACUUAUCAGCACAGGGGAGUGGAAGUGAAGCUAGCAGCGCUAACUAGUUAUGUGCCUCUGUACCAAAACUCUACAAAAAAUCUCACCCAAAGAGGUUUAGCUAAUAUUAGCUACACAGAUUAGCCACCUAGGAAUACUGUAUAUUUUGGGAUGCUAGUUUCAUUUGCUUGCCACCUAGCUAGCUGAGCAGAGUACUUUAGCUAAUUCAAUUAGCGUCAUCCCUCAGUAGACCUAUGCAAUUAGUUUACUGAGGGAUGGAGCUCAUUCAGUGUUAGCUUUGUAAGGCUGCAGGAUAUAGCACAUAUGGUGACAAACUGUUGUUCCUAACUUACAUUUUUGCUUGCGAUAAUGGUCAGACCACCCGUAAUGGUGUGUUUCUCCUCUUGGUCUUGACUUGGUCUCAAACCCUCAGAGUCAUGGUCUUCUCUCAGCAGCGAUGCACCCUGGACUUGGUCUCGACCCGGUCUGGGUUCAGAUGGUCUCAACUACAACACUAGAUGAAACCGCUCUUUGUCUACCUUUAGUGAGGGAGAAUCGGCUCUUACGUCGAGUCCUGGUACAACGUCUGGAGGGCUCUGCUAAAUACAGGAGCUGUGUUCUGAGAGGGAAAAAUACUGAUUUUUUUGGCAACUGAAGCCACUUCAGAGGGGUUCUUUUUAUUUAAAGAGCAAGGAAAAAAAAAAAAAAAGAUCCAGUAUGAGCUUUAGAGGCGUUUGUAGGCGAGACUAAUAUCUUCCUGAGAUGAAGAACUUCACAGUAACGUCAAAGCAGAAGUGUUUUUUCCUGUUGAUUAGGGGUAGAAACUUCUGGAGCCUGUUGUGUUCUACCAAGCACAGGAGCUGUUUUUAUUGGAGAGGGAAAAUGCAGAUUGUUUGCUGAAUGAUGCUAUACAACAAGAGUUUGUUCUUGUGUUUAAAGAGCCGAGCUGCUGCUGGGUUUACACUGACUUCCAGUGUAAGUGUGUGUACAGUACUUGUGGCUUCUCUAAGCUUCUUUGCAACAAAGCUUCUCCUUUGCUUUUUUUUCCCCUCAGCCUCAGAUUUUAUUUAGUGACACCAACUGCUUUUUUUUGUUGUUUUUUUUUAAUUGUUUGACCAUGCGGCUUUAAUAUUGCACUCGGCUCAUAUAUGGGAACUUAAGUGUUGCAGCUGCUGACUAAAUGCUGCAGCGUUACCUGCUGAGAGGACCAGUGAUCCUCUGGAGAAUUCUUCUGUUGGUUUUGGGGGGAAAAAAUGUUCUUUCAGUUACACCUUUUUUUUUUUUUUUUUUUUUUUUUUUCUCUCUUCACACACCUGUACCUUUUUCAUUCCAGUGUGUGUUAAGGGUUGUAGAUGUUGUUACAGGUUCGUUUUAUUUUGUUAUCGUCGUUGUUUGCCUUUUUUCUGUACAGGCAGGCCUGCAGAUAUUGACUUAUUUAUGUGGAUUUAUUUGUUACAUGGAUUUAUUUUCCAAAAUGCUUUAUUUGAAGCUAUCAGUCUUUCUUUUGAUGCUUGUUUUAGUCUUUGUGACUCGUGUACUUGCACUUUGUAGAGAUGGAUCGAAGCAAAUGAGCAACUUGCCUUUUCUUUUGUUUUUUUUUUGUUUUUGUUUUUUUUGUUUGUUUGGUUUUUUUUUCAUUGAAGAAUAAAUAGUGACAUACGGAGCUGAUCAUCCAAAAUUCAGUUUCAAAUGCAUGAGUCAUCUGCAGGGGCUGAACUGUGAAUAUAGUGCUGGGCAGGCUCGGUUGUCUGUUAAAUACCCACUCUGAUGAAGCCUCCAGCGGCCGAGUAUUUAGCCACACCUACAGUGAUGAGUGCUGAGCGAAUGAGACUGCUGGAGAAAUGAAUGUGGUGGAGGUAGAGCACACAGCUGAAGCAUCCAUAUAAACUGUGAUAGACCGCUUCUUUAAGGACCAUGGAACUAAUUUCCAGAUAUCUGCAUUUCACUUCAUUGGUUUUACACAUUUCCACAGAUGUCUGCCAGAAACAGCCAUUAGGAACUGCACUUACUUUGUUGGAAAAAAAAAAAUAGUUUAACACAAGUAUUCCAUAAAGUAUUUUCAAAGCUAAUACUGAACUCACUCAGAAACAGCAUUUCUGUUGUCAACAUACAGAGAAAGUCAUAUAAUUCCACAUUUCAUGUUACCCCGAGGAAGCAGUAGGCCCAAUUUGUGCCUCUCAUAUGAGCAUCCAUUGCGUCACAGAGCUGUUUCACUGACAGAUAAUUAACUGGCAAGGUUUGAGGAGGUAGCAUCGCAAUAUGGCACACAAAGCAAAAAAAUCCUGCAGCUAGUGGAGGUUUUUUUUUUUUUUUUCCUCAUCUGGAUAGUGUAGAUUUUCACACACCCUCUACUUUACUGAAAUAUCACCAGUUAAUUGGCCUCUCACUAAGAUCCCCAAAAUGCCAUGUUUGCUGCUGAAACAAUGUUCAAGAGGCCUGUUGAGCAUUAAGAGUAAGUGCUAAUGCUGAAACAAUGUGUAAAUCUAAAACGGUGACAUAAGCUCUGAGUUCAAUUGGAGCUGAAUCCUUAAGUUCUCAUUGUAAUAUAUGGACUUUAAUGACCAUGGACAUACACAGCCUGGCCAAAAAAAGGCUGUUCUAAUGUUUAGCCUUAUUCAGCCUUUAGCUUUAAGGCAUGAAUUAACUGAGGUAUCAUUUCCAGAAGCUUACGCAAUGUACUAAUAUUUAUUUCCUUAUUUUUUUGGACAUGAAACGUUGCUGAAUCUAGACCUGACCAACUGAAUCAACCCCAGAUCAUAACACUGCCCCCACAGGCUUGUACUGUAGGCACUAGGCAUGAUGGGUAAUCACUUCACCUGUCUCUCUUCUCAUCCUAAUGAGUACAUCACUCUGAUCACAUGACCUUUUUCCAUUGAAACACAGAAACUAAAAAAAAAAAAAAAAAAAAAACUAAAGGUGGUUUAAGAAAUUAGAAGUUACUCAUUGAAUCAGUUACAGGGUUAACACAUUUGUUGUAGUUGAAACACAUUAAUCACUGCAGUAAAAUAUCCAGUUAAAUCCAGAUGAGGACUGUUUUUGGCCUGCUAGUGUAUAAAAACAGGUAAUUUUAAUUAAUAUUUAAUUAAUCUGAGAUCUAGUGAUGGGAUUGACUGGUUUUUCAGCUAUUUCAGUGAAUAGAUAAUAAAUAUUGCACAGGAAAUGACAAUAAAUUUCACUCAAUAGUUCUGAACUAUCCAAAUGAAGUACAUGGAAAGAGGUGCAGUACUACAUGUCUGUAUGUGAGACCUUCACUGAUAAUCGAUUAACUAAAAUUUCAUUUUCUGCUUGGUAGGAUGCUUUAUAGUGUUAGUUGAUAGAAAACAUCUGUCAUGCAACCUACAACCUACCUACAAUUAAAUGUUCAGUUGUCUAUGUGGAGUUUUUAAUGUCCAUAUUCAUUCUUUAUUUUUUAUGGAGGUUUCAAACACAUAUUGUGGCCCUUUUUGUCCACUUCUCAUAGAUAUUUCUGAAGUCUUAUUACUGAAACUUGGUUUAACAGUUGAAACCAGUAACCAUUUAACCUCUAUGUUAAAUUUGAGAGGCAUAACAUUUUGCCUAACAGACUUAUUUUAACAGUAACCAAACUUCAACACUAUAAUACUGAGCUGCUCUGUUUUACACUUGGUUGCUUUUAUUAGGGGUCCCAUCAGAUCAUGUCUUUGCAGCUAGUCUGAUUAUCUGGCCCAUAAGCCAACACAGCAGCUAAAUGUGCUGUUAAUGCAUGGAUUAAUAAACAAAUGAGACGUAAUGUGUUUCUUGAAUUGUAGGAAAGUCAAUUCAGUAGUUUCGGACAGAACCACACUAACUAUUCCCUGAUGCCAGCCUUUGUGUUAAGCUUUGCUGAACAGCCGGCUUUAUAUUUUCUAGAGAAAUAUAAAAGUGGUACUGAUCUUCUUAUGUAACUCUGCCAGGGAGCAUUUUUAACAGAAGGUCAAAUAAAUCCUGUAAAAGGGCUAGAACCACCUCGAGACAGAAUGAGACAGGCAGUGACAGGAAGUUAUUUUCCAAAACAUUUUAACAAUAAUUACUGUAAUGCUGUGCCAUCAACACAAAAACACUGGUACAAGUGAAGGACAAUUACAGUUCUGAGAUUGAAGCCUGCCCUCAUUAACUGCUGCCUAUAUGAAGUCAUCUGCACUCAGUGGGUUAAUCCAGAUUUCACACAUUUCUGAAUCUUCUUUUAAAGUAUAAGCUUAAUGCUGAAUUCAGACAUUCCACUGUAAGGGUGGAGAGGGAAUUAUUCGAGUUAGUUGGUCUCAAAGGUCAGACAGUAGGAUUAAAUGUUGGAAUGAUUUCUUUUUUUCUUUUAUGUGACUUUAGAAGUCACUGAAGUGCAUUACAUUCAUUAAAGGAAAAAGUUAGACUUAUCUUGUUAAUUACAAAACAAAAUCUCUCAAAUCCAAUGAGAUGUGACUUAUUCGUCCUGUGUAUUCACAUUCGUUUCAGUAGGUUCCAUAUUAUAUUGUGACAGUGACUGAUACCCAUCCAGGUUAUCUAUACACACGUCUAGCUGAGGUAUGUGGGUGCUAAUAUUUCAGACUGUCAUUCUUUGGAAAACACUGAAUGAUGACAUGUCCAGUGCUCAGGGACAUAUACUACAUAUACUACUUUUGCGUCCAAUGAUAUGCUUUCUUGAAUUUUUUUUUUUUUUUUUUUGUUUUUUUUUGUUUGUCUGUUGACCAAUCAGAGCAGACUGGGCUUUCCUGGAUGGACCAGGCUCCCUAAUUUCCUGUUUUUACAGGAUGUAAACAGCGCACUUGUUGUCAUUUCACUGGAAAGGUCACUACCCGACCUGAACCAGAAACAAGAUUAUUUAUAUACACGUUUGCAACUGCAUCUAUCUCCUGUUUCCAACUUCUGGGAUUUUAAUUAAAAUAAUGUUAUUUUUGAUAAUAGUUUUUGUCAUUAUAAUGAAAUCAAACAUUUUAUUGUUGCUAUGUUGUAACAUUAAUAUCAGCUAACAUUAGCUAGCAAGCUAACAGCAGCUUGUCAGUCAAGAGGAACUUGUACACAUUUUCUUGUGCAAAGUUUUGGAUGUUGUGACACUUUUGUCUGCAGCCCCAGAAGCAAACUGUUUAGCUACAUGUUAUCCAUUAAUUAAUCUUGUAUUUCAUUAGCACCAUGUAUCAUACAUUUUUCACAAAAGGAAAAAAAAAAUAGAAAUAAUGUCUUGUGUUCUAUUAGCAGUAAAACCAUAAUAAUAUUAUUUUUAACUCUAGGACACUUGUUUAGAAAUAUUGGAGACAGUAGGUAGUUUCACAUGUGUAUGACAAAGUGAGCUUCAGGUUCUGAUCCGACAGUGACACUUGGACUCGGGAGAUCUGGAUAAUUAUGGAACCCCACUCUUGUAUUCAGAUGAUUUUAUGGGACUUUUUUUCAUUUAAUCAUCUUUUUCGUAUAUUAAUCAGAUUUAUUGCAUGAUUACAAGAAAAGGUGUCUUCUUUUCUUUAAUGAAUGUAGUGCAUUUCUGUAAGAGGUAAAAAUAAUAAUAAUGCAGCCAACUCCAGUUUCAGACAGAUCUCUCUCAACCUGGAAAAGUGAAACCUAAACCAUCCAUGUGACUAAAUACCGCUUCAAUAAUCUAUCCACGUUCGCUUGAGUUUAUUCUUGAUCUUGCAAACAGCAGUAAACGAAAACUCCAGUUCUGGAUUAAACUCAUGUUAUGAACUGACAUGAGGGAUUAUAGAGAUGUUUAGAACUGUGCAUCAGAUUGAAAGUCUUCAUUUCCAUGGCAACAGCUGAUCACAAUGACCAUGCGAUGCAGAACAAUUUAGGAAGUGUUCAACGUUGUUUUCACCAGCUGUUGUUUUCAUGACAGGAAUGAACUGUGAGUAUGAGCAGAGGUUUAAAAAGAACAUCCUCUUCAAUGUUGACAAAGCUGCAGCUGUGUGCUUUACUGAUCUGCUCGUCACUGAUCACAUGACCCGACCUGAGGAAGUAAACAGUAUGUUUUUCAGAGUGCUGUUUAUUUUUGCUUGGAUAUCUUUCUUUUCGGAGAAUAUAAUCACAGACGUAUCUGUCCUAAAGCUCCACUCAGUCUACAGGAGUAAACACUGACCUCCAUCACCGAACUGAGGGUCUCCACCUCCCCGACCUGGCCCCUCCCCCUACACCUUUAGCUCCGCCUCUUCAUCCUUUAUGUUCAACCUGACCCUCAUGUUCUGUUCUCUUCUUAAACAUUCCCUCCUCUUCCUCUUCCUUGCCUGCACCUUAAACCCAACAAUUCCUUUUCAACUGAGAACUAUCAUGAAAAACUUUAUGAAGAUUUUUUUUUUCACCUGUAAAUAGUUGUACAAAGGAAAUACUGUCAGUUUGCUAGGAGGCAUGGAGACUACAAAUGUAACAAAUUAUAAAAUGUUAAAAUAAAGAGACAAAGAUGAAAAGACAUUUUGAUAGGCAGACUUCUGAGAAAACUGGUUGAGUGUAUAAAUAUUUAAGGCUGUAUCAUAAGGAGAAAGAGCUUAAUGUAUUUGUUGUGAAUAUGAAAAACUGAUAUAUUAAAGAAGUGCAUGAAAACUGUA